GUGGCUGCUGCAUUUAUAUUCCCCAAAAAACCCUCUCUGCCCGGCAGCUCGACAACCUCUGGGCUGUCGGCGGCGACUCAUCCGGCGGCGGCGCGCGGCUGUACUGCAAGCGAGGCCCCGAGGCGAAGUACCGGCGGCUCCUAGAAUCCGGAUUUCUCCCCAAUUUUUUCGGCCAUGGCGUCUGCAGCUGUGGCCGCCUCCACCUCCGCUGCUGAAGCGCGGGAGAAGCCCGUCGUCGUCAGGGUCAAGCGCAAGCCCUCGCAGGCCCGCCCCGACGCAUUCUGGUUAGAGAUCAAUGAGAGGCCCAUGAAGAAGGCCAUGCUAGAUUUCUCGAGCCUUUCUAUCUCGCAACCCUCCUCCUCAACUGCCCAAGCUUCAGAGGAACCGCGAGUUAAGAAGCUUCUUGUCCAACAUGUCGAGACAGUGCAUCAUUCUGGAGCUGUUGAAGAUGUUCUUCAUUCCCUUUUGCAGUCUGACGCGAGUGCCAAAGAGAUAAAGAGCAAGACAAAGGAGUGGAAUGAAAGAAUGAAGAAAGACAAUAAACAAGACCAACUACGUUCAGCAGCCAGACAGAGACAUGAGAAUCUUGGAAGAAAUGCCCGCUUUGCACAAAUAUGGAAGAGUCGGAAAGGAGACAAUAAUGAGACUGAUGAAACACUUAGAGAAAUGUGCCAUCUUUAUGAUGCUGUCCAAGUAGAUUCUGAUGGAGAGAAGCAUUCAGCGGAACCAGAGAUGACCUCUUUCGAAGAGAAUGCAAUUUUGUGCAACUUUCUUCCACUUAUACGGGAGCACUUGCCAUCAGCUGCUGAAGAAAUCGAAUCGGAUAUUACUUCGCUGGCACAUUCAGAAGAUUCAGAUGUUUAUGACAUAUAUACUGUCAAGGAAGUGGAUGAUGCAGACAUGGAGGAGACAUCAGCAGCUUCAUACCCACUGUUACAAGUGGAUGAUGAGGAUGGUGAAUGUUACAAUGAUGAUGAGUAUCCAUACGAUACUGAUGAUUCAAAUGCCGAAGAUAACCCACUCUACGAUUAUCCUGAAGAAGUAGAGUCGUCAGAGGAUGAGGAAAACAGCGACAUAGAUGCCUCAGGUUCUGACUAUGAGAAUGAAGAGGUGGAAAAGGACGAUGAUGACGACGAUGAGUAGGUGGCAACAUAAAGUUCAGUUCUGUGGUAAUUUAGAUGUAGGGGAAGGACAGAAACUGUUUGAACCGUGUGUAAUGUUUGGUGUGGGAUAGGCCAAGGUAACCUCUUGUGUUGGUAAACUCAAGGAUUUCAUCCCUAACCCUUGCUGAAGCAUUGUGCAUUAUGAGGAAAAACCAUCGACCUCGUGAACUUAGUGGAUAAUAUGAUUGCAAUGAAUUUUGCUCCUUAGGUAGCUUGAUCUA